UUGGUGUAUUCACACCUACUUUAGAGUUUUUCGUUUAAAUUUUAGGUUAGUAUUAUUAAUCAGUAGUUAAGAAAAUUAGUAAAGAAACCUUCCACAUUAUAGUUUGAUAAUGUUUGAAAACAUUUAUGAAAGUUAUUUUUGAUGGAACCAAAAAUCCGUUUUCGUAAUUCAUAAUUUCAUCUGUAGUAAGAGUAUUAUACAAAACUUUACGAAAACCUUAUUCCAUAUUUUCCUUUUUGCUAAUUCAAUAAAUCCCCUUAAAAUGAUGGCCGGAAGAUUAGCUAUGUCGGCUCCUGGCAUUCCAGACAACCCCCUUAGUCUUUCAUGGCACGAUUCGGCUUGGAUUCCUAUCUUGAACACAGCAAACGUUUUGGACUACUUUUCACAGGGGUCAAACCCAUUCUUUGAUAGAACUUGCAACAACGAAAUUGUUAAAAUGCAGCGGCUCAAUCCAGAGCAGUUACAGAAUAUGACUGGUCUAGAGUACAUUUUGUUGCACGUUCAAGAACCAAUUUUGUACGUCAUUCGGAAGCAGCAUAGGCAUAGUCCUCAACAAGUGACCCCUCUUGCAGAUUAUUAUAUCAUUGCUGGAGUUGUGUACCAGGCUCCGGAUUUAGCAAGCGUGUUAAACUCCAGACUUCUCUCUGCUGUGCACCACCUUCAAUCCUCCUUCGAGGAAUCUUCCAGUUUCGCUAAGUACCAUCCCAGCAAAGGCUACUCGUGGGACUUCAAGUCGCAAAGAGCCAAUGUUGAAAAAACCAAGAAGGAUGAAAAACCCAGAGAGGAACCGAGUUCCUUAUUUCAGCGCCAGAGGGUGGAUAUGCUACUGGGCGAAUUGAUCAGGAAAUUCCCCCUGCCUACUCCUCCUCAGCCUGCCAAAGCAUCUGCGGUUUCUACCAAACAGGAAUCAGAGAAUGGAGGAAGUGAGAAUAAAGAGAUCAAGACUGAAAUCAAGCAGGAGAAAAUUAAACCUCCUCCCGAGAAGAAACCAAGACUGCAUUGAUUUAGGUCUGCUGAAAGUCGGUAUUUGUAUAUAAAAUAGAUUUAUGUGUAUUUGUGUGAAAAUGUUUUAUGUGAGUAGUGGACAAAAUACUGUUUGUAUCAGAAAUAUAAACAUAAGGAUACUA